AGUAAAAUGGAGUAAUUGCUUAGAGCUGACGACGGAAAUAUUGUAAAUUUAUUAAGAUGCAAGCAUUAAGAAAACGACAUUUGACCUCAUCUCAGUCUAUUUAUUUCUUAUUACUGCUGACAACAGUUAUAAUAAUAUGUAUGAUGAUGUUAAUGGUGUUUGUUUGGUCGCCAAGUAAUUUUGAAGAGGACCAAUUUCGAUUUUCUAGGUCGAUCAACACAAAUGAAAUAGUGACAAUUCACACAACCCAGAAAAUCAAAACACUACCAAGGGACACUUCCUGUACUUUUCACACAUGUUUGGAAGUUUAUCAAUGUGGUUACAACGAUGAAACGAAAAUUAGUGUCUAUGUUUAUCCAAUCAAAAGUUUUGAAGAUGAAAACUCAGAGGAACUGACACUCUCACGAUCAAAAGAAUUUGAUGAAAUAUUACAAGCGAUAACAGACAGUGAUUUUUAUACAUCUGAUCCAAACACAGCUUGUCUUUUUAUACCUUCUGUCGAUAUGUUGAACCAAAAUAAUCUCAACCUUAAAAAUGUUGGCCGAGUUUUGGCCUCGUUAGAGUGGUGGAAAGAUGGAUCAAACCAUCUUUUAUUCAAUAUGGUGGCUGGAUCAUCUCCUGAUUUUCACAGUGUUGUAGAAGUUGAUACUGGUCGCGCAGUCAUUGCUGGUUCUGGCUUCUCCUCGCUGUCAUAUAGACGUAUUUUUGACGUUUCUAUACCAAUGUUUAACCCCCUUGUAUCCGGCCUUCAGCUGCCUGUCUUCUCUAACAAUCAUGCAAAAAAAUACCUGUUGAUCUCUUCACAGUUGGGCCUUCAUCAAGAAUAUUUACAAGUUUUGAGGCAACUUCAUGAAGAAGACGAUCAAUUUCUCUUAUUAAAUACCUGUCCUAAUCAUCAGAAACCAUGGAAUUAUACACAAAGGUGCCACAAUUCUAAAAUCUACAAUUACCCUCAUGUGUUACAGAACUCAACUUUCUGUCUGGUAUUGAGAGGCUCUAGGCUUGGUCAGCCUGCUCUCAGUGAUGCAAUGCAGGCUGGAUGUAUUCCAGUUGUUGUAGCUGACGGAUAUGUGAUGCCGUUCUCAGAAGUUUUAGAUUGGACAAGAGCAGCAGUGGAAGUCCGAGAAGAUGAUUUAGCAGAUAUAAUCAAAAUUAUCAAGACUUAUAGUCCAGAAAGAAUCCAACAAAUGCAGAAACAAGUCAAGUACUAUUAUGAUAAAUAUUUCAGCUCAUUGAAAGCUAUCGCCCUAACAACAUUACAAAUAAUCAAUGACAGAGUUUUUCCAUAUGCAGGAAAAUCCUAUGAAUAUUGGAAUGAUAUUCCCAAAUCAAAUGUGGUCCAGAAUCCAUUAUUCCUUCCACUGUCCCCUCCAAAAUCUCAAGGUUUUACUGCCGUUAUUUUAACUUUUGACAGAUUGGAAUCUUUAUUCCAAGUUAUUAAACGAGUAGCAAAAGUUCCCAGUUUGGCUAAAGUUGUUGUUGUAUGGAAUAACCAGAACAAAGCUGCACCACCUAUGUCUUCGUGGCCGUACAUCGGUAAACCGAUCAAAGUCAUACAAACAAAGAAAAACAAACUUAGUAAUCGUUUUGUUCCGUAUGAUGAAAUCGAAACUGAAUGUAUUUUAGCGUUGGAUGAUGACAUCAUCAUGUUGACAGACGACGAAGUUGAAUUUGGUUAUGAGGUGUGGCGCGAGUUUCCAGAUCGUCUUGUCGGCUUUCCGUCACGAUUACAUCUCUGGGAUAACAGCACCCAAAAAUGGAAGUAUGAAUCCGAAUGGACCAAUGAGAUUUCAAUGGUGUUAACCGGUGCUGCCUUCUAUCACAAGUAUUUCAGUUAUCUUUACACGAACUCGAUGCCCGGAAAUAUGAAACUGUGGGUGGACGAUCAUAUGAAUUGUGAAGACAUUGCUAUGAAUUUUUUAAUGGCAAACAUGACUGGCAAGGCACCAAUAAAAGUUACACCGAGAAAGAAGUUUAAGUGCCCACAGUGUGUAAAUAACGAAAUGCUAUCAGCUGAUUUAACUCAUAUGGUUGAACGGUCUGAGUGUAUCAAUAAAUUUACUAGUAUUUAUGACACGAUGCCGUUAAAAAGUAUCGAAUUUCGUGCUGAUCCUGUACUCUAUAAAGACAAUUAUCCAGGAAUCCUCAAAAAAUUUAAUGAUGUUGGAAGUUUAUAAAGUAACUUCAUUAUAUAAAAAAAAACAGGUACAUGUAGGCCUAGGCCACAAUUCAAAUGUAUUAAAAGGGACUAACUUGUGUUAAUUUUCUCAAGAGACAUUCACUGGGUGAAAUUAGUACCAGAACAGAAAAUUGGAGUAGACAAUUAUUUGUCGGGAUAACGAAACUUAGGUUGCAGUUGUAAUUUGUAAAUGUAUGUAAUGAAACUUGAAAGACUAUGUUUGUAUACUGUACAUGUAUGCUGCAAUUAAUGUUUUCAGGAUAAUGUAUUGUUACAAGUGUACAUAUUAUUUUAGUUAUUACUAGAAAGCAUUGUUGGAAAAAGAUCUGAAAUAAUUACCAUACUGAUAUGAAUGUUUUACUGAUUGAUUGAUUUGAUUAUUUUUAAUAUUAGCAAAAAAUACACGUCUCCUCCGCAAUGAUUGACUACCUGAACCCCAGUAAUUCCACAAGAAAAGCCAUGAAUGGGGGAGUGUUUUAUCUUAAAUAGAAACUGACCCAAAAACAAAAUUAGACACAAUUCACAAUCUUAUUACCGAAAGAAUAUCCUCCAAUGAUCAAACAGAAUUGUCCACAUACAUGUAUCAGUAUAAACAUUUCAUUUCUGGUCUUCUAGAUUCUUCAUUGAUGGUCCCUUUGAUUCAAUGUAUAAAAAGUUACAUUGUAUCUCAGAUUUUUCCACCUUACCUGUAUGUUCAAGGUACCUUUAUUCACCCAUCUUUAAAAGUUCAAUGUCUCAGUUUGAUGCAACAAAACUAUAUUUUGGGAUGAUCUAGACUCUAGAUCAGUGGUUCUCAACCUUUUUUGCAAACGGCACAACUUGGAAAACAUGAAAAAAUAGCGGAACACCUACUGACCUAGCUAAAUAUAUAUGAAAUAUUUGAAUUUUGCAAAAAUAAAGUCAUACAUAGUAUACACCGUAGACACAGACUAAUAAUAGACAUAUAGAAUGACUCAAACUAAAUAAAGUAAAACACAGCUAUGAAUGUCAGUAGACACCAGUAAUUUCUAAAUUGGGAUCACACAAUUUUUUGCAUUUUCUUAGUGUGCCGUUAAAAAUUUUGCGGCACACUUACAUGUACGAAGAUCUCGUGUGCCGUGGCACAUUAGUUGAUAAUCACUGCUCUAGAUGUUAGCUGGGAUAUGUAUUGUUAUCACAGUAGUAACUGUUAUCUGAAAUCAAAUCAUCCCACAUGGAUUCUAGUCACUAAAAAAAAUAUUUAUUUCUAUUACUAGGAAGCUUACAUCUUUAAUAAUUUUUUUUAUAAAUGGAAUGUAAAUGUACACUGUAUACUGGAAUUUUCUAGACAUGUACAUUUCUUUGGUUUAGGUUAAAAUAAAUUGUUGAAUUGGGUAGAUCUGAUGUUGUUUUGAUUAGUAAUGUAAGCUUACUAUUAAAUGUUUGUUUUGUAAGAUUAAGCGGAAGUCGGUUUGUUUACUAAUUUUAGUUUACUUUUUGGGUUUAACAAUUCAAGGCAAAAAUCAAUUAUUAUAUUUAUCUCAACACUGGCUCUUUCCAUUUUAGACCCCAAAAUGUAUAAUGUAGACAGAUAGAUACAUGUAUUAAUGUACAUGUAAUGACUUUGCAAAUCAAAUAAACACAUCAAACCAACACAUUUAUAUUUUUACCCAAGUCAAGGAAGUUACUUUUCAAAAAACUUAUUUAUGUACAUCAGUUUAUUACAGGUACUAUAUAUCUUAUUCUCUGCAACAAAAAUAUAUCACAACUUGACAUUGCUGGGUACUGACAUUUUUAGUUUAGGCCUACUAACUAGCAGAACUGGAGAUAAUAAUUUUAAUUGUACAUGUAUGUACCUGACAAAAUGUCUGGCACUACUGAAGUUAUUGCUGUCACAUUUGUAUUUGCUCUGGACAUAUAUUAAAUAUAUCUAUAGUAAACAAUUGUGCCAGACCAAAUGCCAGGUACCAGAGGAACAAGAUUCCAGAUGUUUAAUAAUGGUUAUAAUUGGUUGUAUGAUAUAUAUUUUUUUUAUUAAUGUGUUUUAUAUUUACACUAUUAUCUUAUAAAAUUAUUUUGUGCCAAAUACAGGAAUAAUAAUUUUAUCACAUUUAUUAUUAUUAUAUACAUGUAGUCGAAUAUAAAAGAUAGCCAUGCAAACCUUGGAAAUACGCCCACACAGCAGCCUUCAAGAAAUCUAAUCUCUUUCAUUUUCAAACACUAGGAAAAAAUCGUUUAAAAAAUUGUCACCUCUAUCACAUUCACAAGCCUUUCAGAAAAGUGGGCAUAACUCAUAAAAAGGACUAGAAAUAAUGAAUAUUGUUAGGGUGUGUCCUUUCAUAACCCCAAAGUUUUUUGAAAAAGGGGCAUAACUCUAUGAAAGAAGAGUGCUGAAUUUUGAUUAUCUAGAGGCAAAUAUCAUCCUUCGAUUGAUUUUAAAUUUAUAGUGUUUAUGUUCAUGAGACAAAGAAGCCUAUUGUGUUCAUGCGAUAAUUACUGUCAGAGUUAUUGCCCACGAUCAAUUUAACAAAUCCUGUGGAUGCUCUAGGGGCUACAUGUACGGUAACAGCCAAUCAAAUUACUUCAUGGGUUGUUGAUUUUGAUAAGUUUUUAGUAUUUUGUGAAUGCUCCCAAUACCUACAAAAGAAUAUGUAUGUGAUGUGACAAUCUUGGUGGACUGCGCAGACGACUUAGCAACUGUGGUUGUAUAUUUCAUUGCCUGGCUAUUAAUAAGUAAAAACAAAAAUGAAGUAUUUCAUAAAACUGUUUUAUUUAACAUUGAUUCCUUUAUGGAUCAAUAAUCUUAAAUACAGCCUUGCACAAGAGGUGACAAAGAGAUAGAUUGGAAAUGUGAUUAUAAUAUAUGUAAACCUGUGCUGCUGGAGCUUAAAAUGGUUGCUUUUCAUUUAAUAUAUUGCACUUUCCAUCUUUUAUACCAAAUAAACUUAUUUAUUUUUUAA